CGAAUCGGGAGCCGGAGCGCUGCGAUGGGCUUGGCAGAGGAGGGCGGGCUGCCAGCCGCCAUGCAUUCCUCGAUUGACCUCGGCCUCUACGUGUUCCUGCUCUCUGUCUUCAUGGUCUUCUUCUUCUUCAAGCACUGCCAGGCGGCGACCGACGACGUCUUCACGACCGAGGCCACGCGCUGGAUGACGCAUGCGGACCCGGCGCUCCUCGCCAUGCCCCUCAAUCGCAUCGCGCUCGCCGGUAGCCACAACUCGGGCUCGUACGCCUCGCGCGCCCAUGAGAAGUGCCACUCAGGCGACUGCGACGCCAACUUGGCCAAGUACAUUCGACUGCCGCCAGUCUCGUUUGUCGUGAAGCGCUGGGCCAAGUGCCAGCGCGUCUCGAUCCUGCAUCAGCUUUUGCAUGGUAUUCGGUACCUCGACAUUCGCCUCCAGAUCCACGAGACAAGCAUCCAUCUGUGCCACAGCCUCUGCUUCCUCGAGGUGUCGUGCAUGCUUGACCAGCUCGUGACCUUUCUGGACGCGCACCCGCAAGAACUUGUCGUCGUGGACAUCAACCAUAUUUAUACGCACGAGGACGAAGGCCACGCGCGCUUCCUCCACCUCUUCGUCUCGCGCGUCGGGCGCAGCCGCAUCGCGACGCCGUCAAGCCACACACCGGGCUCGACGCUGGACGCAUUCCGCAACGCCGGCGUCCAAGUCGUCCUCAUCUACCACGAGCCGGCACCCGCGGCGGCGGCAAACGUCUGGGGCCCCGAUACGAUCGUAUCCGUGUGGCCCAAUGUUCCGACGGCAGAAGACGUCAUGGAGCACGGAAAGGGUCAGCUCCUUGAAGAGGUGUCGGACGACGAGCCUCGGCUGCGUGUGCUGCAAAUGCUACCGACGCCGUCCGGCAAGGACCUCACACGGUUCACGUCCGUUUUGCGCUUCUCGGGGGCCAUGGUGCGCCUGGCGCCGAGCUGGCUCCUCUCGCUUUGCGCUGAGCAUGCGCCUGCGUUGCGCCGCUGCAACAUCGUGCUCAUGGACGACGCGGUCCACGGCGGCAACGCGUUCGUCGAAGCGCUGCUCGAGCUCAACCGUAUCAAGAUCAAGGCAUCAUCGACCGUCGACGUCACCAUCUCGGAUCGCAAGGCCGAGUAGUCUCGAGAUGCUUGUCCGUGUGGUAGAAGAAGGGCACGAUGAAGUAGUACAUUGACAUGCAUGGUG